AUGGAGAUGCGGUCGCCAUGGCUGGCGCUGCUCGCCUUCCUUUCCCUUUUCCAGCUCGCCCUCUCUCAGACCGUACUUGACGGCGUUACCUAUGUCGAUGCUACCAUCGAUGGCGAGACCGUCCUGGUCAGGGACAAUCGCCGACCCUCACUGUACACGUCGAACUUUGGAGACUGCAUGGGCGACAGCAGCAUCAAUGUCACUCGCUUCGACGCCGCCUUCUACAAGGACAACAUGACCGUGCUUUUCCAUUUGGCAGGCGAUACCAACAUAGAGAGCGAAGGGCUGAUGAUGUACAUCGCCGUCUACGCCUAUGGCGAAAGCCAAUUCGAGCUCAUUUUCAACCCUUGCAACGCCAACAUCGACAGUCUUUGUCCUGUACAAAGCAACGUCUCGAUCGAAGCCAGCGGAAUCAUCCCAGUGGCAGAGUCUGACGUCCAGAAUAUCCCCAGCAUUGCAUACACAAUUCCGGAUUUCGAGGGCCAAGCAAUCCUCCGCAUCUUUGCGAACUCCACGCAGCAGCUGAUUGGCUGUUACUCCGCAGUCAUCACGAACGGCUCCACCUUCUCCCAUCCGUAUGCAGUUGGGUCAAUCCUGGGCAUAUUCGCGUUCAUUGCCUUAGUUGCAUCCUUCGCUACUGCCAUAUACGGAAGUGAUGUGCCGGCAAUGCGCAAGCACUACGCACACUCAAUGUCCGUCUUUGUGGUCUUUGCUGUUCUGCAGCAUAUCUUCUUUACUGGAGCAUUGUCCAUGAACUGGCCGAGUGUGCUCGUGGCAUUCUGGAGCAACUACGCAUGGUCCGGUGGUCUUAUCUACACUGAAGCUAUGCAAAACUCCAUCAACAACUUCAUCGGCUCAAACAUGGGCAAUACCUCGGCCGUAGGUGCAGCUAGCGCCGAUUCGGACAACAGCAACAUUGGCGGCGGCUACGACAUCUCCUUGAUCUACCGGAGAGCCAUCAAAAGGACCGUCAAGAAGGCCGCCAAGAAGGCCGCCAUGCACCUGUGGAGAAAAGACAUUUUUGAUCACCACUCACCUCGGCUCGAGAGAGCCCUUGCUAAGCGCGCGCUCGUGGACAACAACAACGGUUAUUCUUGGUAUGGUGAUCCUGUCAAGCCCGGUCUUCCUCUACCUGGAAAUUACUCAGGAUUCGCUGGGACGUUGGCCGAAGAGGAAAUACCAGCUUCCAACGCCUUCAUGACCGGUUUCCUCUGGUUUCUCAUCCUGCUGGUAAUCGUCUCAGCCUCCGUUGUGGCAUUCAAAUGGCUCAUCGAGGGCCUUAUUCGCAUCAAGGCCGUCAAAAGGGAUCGUCUCACUUACUUCAGGUCUCAUUGGAUUGGAUUCACGGCGCUAGCUGCUCUGAGAACGCUAUUCAUCGGCUUCUUCACCAUGAUCUUCCUAACUCUCUUCCAGUUUACUUACGAAGGCGGUCCCGGAGUCUUGGCUGUGGCUGCAAUCGUAUUCAUAAUCUUCCUAUGCGGCAUGUUCGGCGUUGCCGCAUAUGCUUGCUACUACCGGAUAAGAGUUGGGAACUAUGUCUCGCAGCCUGACCGUAUCAAUCUGGAACGCCGGAGAGUUCUUGGUUGCAUCCCUUGGUUCCGCUUCUACCGAGCAAGUGCUCACCAGGAUGAUGAAGAGAAGGUCUACACUGGCAGCCUUCCUUUUUGGCGCAUCUCUCACAACAGUCCUGAGACCCAAAAAUCCGUGCACGAGGACGAAGAGUACACCAAGAAGUUUGGCUGGCUCGCCUCCCGGUUCAGACGUACCCGUUGGUGGUUCUUCACGUGCUGGCUCUUCUAUGAGUUUGUCCGUGCCUGCUUCCUUGCUGGUGCAUCAGGUCAUCCGCUGGUCCAAGUUUUCGGUCUGCUAGUGGUGGAAUUUCUGGCUUUCGUUGCAAUCAUCAUCAUGCGGCCGUUUGAGUCCCAGCGUCUAAACGCCCUGAUGGUUUAUCUUCUAGGCUUCAGCAAAGUCGCCACCGUUGCUCUCUCUGCGGCUUUCGACAUCCGUUUUAACAUCGCACGCAUCCCGACGACCGUCAUUGGUAUUGUCAUCAUCGUUAUUCAGGGAGUCCUGACUAUCGUCCUCAUGAUUGCAAUCAUUGUGGGCGCCUGCUCCAGCUGGAUGUCGGUGAAGCGUCACCGCGAGAAAGAGGUGUUCAAACCGCGGAAUUGGAGGAAUCUUCGAGACAAAUACUUCGCGCACCUGGACAAGGCGAUGAAGGACCUUCCGCCCGAACCUCCAGCACCUGUCAUCCCACCACCCACUCCGGAGGAGCCCAAAGUAGGCUUCAAUGUGUCUUCAGUGCGCCGAGUUGCCAAGAUUGAGGACGAAGACGCUGAUUUCCUUGCUGAAAUUGGCAACGACCCUCGUGGAUCCGAAAUGUCAAUCCAAGGAAAUGCGAAUGCCAGGAUCAGUGAAGAGGGCACACGACCUCCGCCAGGGCCCAAACGGGCGCCAAGUAUCAUGAGCCAGGUGUCUUACACCAGCUUGCCACGCACAGCUCGUGUACACCGUGCCAGCUGGAGCUCGCGCGACUUCCUCGAUAUGGACCUCGAUCAGGGACCCACGACCAGUGGCCAUACGCGUACGAACAGUCUGGGUCACUCGCGCUCCACUAGUCACGGGCAUGGGCGUUCACGUUCCCGAGCCAACAGCCUUGGUCGACAAAGAUCCACCAGUCUUGGAAAUGCAAUGAGCUCCGAACGUAUAUCUCGCAUGGGCACACCGACCGGGAUCCCCGAGCUCCCGCAGCUGAACAGGCAGAUUACGGAGCAUCGCGAAGAGGGGGAUUACCAGCAACCUCCUGACGGCACCACGUCAGUCCGACAGGAGCAGCAUCCGCCCGGGCGCAACUCGACAUCAUAA